AUGCCUUUGAAGAGCAUCACGAUUGAAGUUUCUGAGAGCAGAGAAACCGGCUUCGUAUCUGAUGUACUGUUUGAACUGGGUGCUCUUUCAGUGAGCAUAUCCGACCUCUAUCAAGGGACGGGGGCCGAAGAUCCGAUAUACAGCGAACAACCGCAGGGCACAGUGUCCUUGUCCGCGGCGAGAGGGCAGUCACUCUGGAGAAAUGCGCGCAUCACGGCGUUGUUUCCGCUGUGUUUUGAUAGCGAAGCGCUACUGAUGACGAUUGGGACGGAGUUUGGGCUGGAGCAAACGCCGACGAUGCGGCUCUACAGUGAGGUUUUCGAUGAUAAAUCGCCAGCAGAGUGGGUUGCUCGGGUGCAAUCGAGUUUCCAGCCGAUUUGUCUAGGCGAAUUAACGAUUACGUUUCCAUGGCACCCCAGAGAAGCAGGGGUUACGAACGUGGUACUAGACCCCGGGAUGACGUUUGGAAGCGGGGAGCAUGCGACGACGCAGCUAUGUGCGCGGUGGGUGAUGGAGAAUGUGGGCAAAGGGAUGGAAGUGCUUGAUUUUGGGACUGGAAGCGGAGUGCUCGCGAUUGUGGCGGCAGUGAUGGAGGAUGUGAGAGCGGUGGGGGUGGACUUGGACGCGGACGCAGUGCAGGUGGCGCGGGCGAACGCGGAGCGGAAUGGGGUCGCGGACCGGGUGAGUCUCUACGAAAACGAGGACGAGCCGGAAGGGAGAGAGUACGACCUGGUGGUGGCUAAUAUCAUGGCCGGGCCUCUGAAAUCGUUGGCAGAUCGGCUGGUGUCUAGACUGAAGCCGGGCGGGAUGAUUGGGCUUUCCGGGGUGCUUGUCGGGCAAGCGGAGGAGAUGAGGGCGUGGUAUGGGGAGAGAGGGAUCUGGAUUGAGAACGCAGCAGUGGACUGCGAGUGGGUGCUGUUGGUUGGGAGGAAGAUGGGGAAGCGGUGA